AUGAUUGGGGACACCGAGAAGGCUCGACACCCCACCCGUGGCGAUGAUUACAUAUAUCACAGUCCAUGCUGCUAUCCAAUGGGCUAUCAGGUAAUAUACGCUCCGCUUAUGGCGACGGUUGAUCAGUUUCAGCUGGGUUCAUCCGAUGUUCGAGGUAUCACGGCUAGCCCAUCUAAGUAUGGAAUUUCAGUGUUUACUUUUGAUUUUCAGUUACCAAGGUGGAUUCUUUUCACUCAUAUUAUAUUUCCUUAUGUUGCUGUUCUCCGCAUUCUGCUGCGUGAAACCAGGCGCCCAGCUGCAUACUUCCUGGUACGGUGA